ACGCAUGACACCAACACCAACGAUUUAAAAUCCACCCCACCCACCUUGGUUUCCUCAACUUUCUAUCUUUUAUUGCCCUGAGGCUGCUUAUAAAGAGAAGACAUGGCUUAGACCCCAGAAGGAGGCAGUGGCUGCAAGUCCCCAGUGUCAGCUCUGCUUGGCCACUGCUUGAUCUCACACUCUGCUGCCCAGCGACAUGGAGGUCCCCAAGGCUGCCCUGGCUGUCCUGCUUCUCACCGCGACACUCUGUUCCCAGACCUGCUCUUCCUUUUUUGGUGCCGACACCCCCACCUCUUGCUGCUUUGUCUAUAUCUCCCGGCAGAUUCCACGCAAAUUUGUGGUCGACUAUUAUGAGACCAGCAGCCAAUGCUCCAAGCCCGGUGUCAUCUUCCAAACCAAAAGAGGCCGGGAGAUCUGUGCUGACCCCAGGGAGGCCUGGGUCCAGGAAUACAUCACCAACCUGGAGCUGAAUGCCUGAGUGGCCUAGAAGCUACAAGAAAGGUGUUACAUCUAUGUGCAGACUGGGGGCAGUCACCUGAGCCAAGGCAAUGACCUUGGAACUCUGGAGGCACCUCUCCUAUGGGUCACACCCCCACCCCCAGCCACACGCUACAGCCCUUUUUAACUUUAAUUUUAGUUUUUGUAUCUUAUUUAACUUUUGUAAUUUAUUUCCAUUGUUGAAUUGUGUGAUGUAAUAAAUAUUUCUGCUGACAUCUCACAACAUCCUCUCCACCUCCCCACGACCCUCCCUUUUCUGUUCUCACACUCAAUAUGUGGGUCAGUCAGCAGGAUUGGCACUGUCUUGUAGCUGUUGUAUCAUAUAUAUCAAACAACAAAUGUUUACGGAGUGGUUUUGCCCAGCACGGCUCUUCAAAAUAUUGAAGGUCCUUAUAUAAAAGGUAAACCAGCA